UUACUCUCUUUCAUUCAAACCUUUCUGUCCAACCUCCAGGAGCAUACUCUGUUGAGUCUGCUCCCAUCAUCCAUGGUCAAGAAUACCCCUUCCACUUCAGAAUCCUCUAGUCUCAAAAGGAGAAAGACCGAGGAUGAUGAUGCUGAUCAUGUUCAGGCAAAGAAACCUAGAUCUAGAGUCAGUUUCUCCUGUGGUGAAUGUCACCGUCGGAAGCAGAAGUGCGACCGACAGAUACCGUGCUCUCAUUGUAUAGCACGAAAAGUACCUGAGCUUUGCAAAGCAUACACUCCCGGAAAAACGGACCAAGAUCUGAGCGUCCGCUUAGCCAGGCUCGAGCACAUAAUCGAGCAGGCUUUACCCCAAUACUUCAAUUCAUCAUCUCAUUCUUCCUAUUCAGCUCCAGACAGACACCGCAGCUCUACAUCUGACGGCCCAGAUGACGAUAAUCGUUCGAUGACUGAUGAGCAGGAUCCAAGUGGCGGUACUUUCCACAGUGGAAAGUGGUAUGGCAAUAGCGCCUCAGGAAGUGUAGCACCCGCCUCCGUUUUGGAGCAACUGGCAAACGUCGUCGUUGCCAGUUCGAAUCAAGAACAGUGGGAUUCCAGUCAUUCCACUUCUAAUCUCAAUGCUGGACCUUCCGGCCAGCACGGAACUGGUAACGGCGAUCAUAAAUUAGCCUUGGCGACCCCAUUAAUAAUCGAAUCUGUGCGACAAGACUCUGAACCUUCAGCAGCUGACAAUCUCAAGAGUCUUGUCCAAGAAUGCGGUGUAUCACCACACAAAAUCUCUGAGCUCCUUCAGGAACUCCCUCCCCAAAGGUUUUCCGACGUCCUUAUUGAUCAUUAUUUCGCUGCAAUCAAUUGGACGAGAUAUCCCCUUUGCGAGGCUGACUUUCGGGCUGCCUACGCAUCACUUUGUGCCAAUGGGGUGGGCGCCAAUACAAACGAUGCACGCUUCCUUCCGCUGCUGUUCGUGGUGCUGGCUAUUUCAGUGCGAUUGGCACCUGAACAUCUUGCUGGUGACAUACGAACAAGAAGAGUGACAUCUUUGAGAUAUUAUUGGUCUUCUCGACGCUCUCUGCUUAUCGCUGCAGCUAUCCAACCGGAUUCACUAGAUAUCGUUCUCACUCGCUUACUUAGCGCACGAUUCUUGACUUUUGAUCGUCGUAUUACAGAAUGCUGGAGCCAGUUGGGGGCUGCUGUACGAACAGCUCAAGCACUGGGAUUGCAUCGUGAUGCUGCACCUACGGGACUCGACCCUGCUCAGGUUGAAAACCGACGUCGGAUAUGGUCAUAUCUCUAUCACGCCGAUCGUUCCUACGCACUUGUGCUUGGAAGACCGAAUGCUAUCCAGGACGAUUACACUUGCACGCUCCCGCCUUUGAACACUGAUGACGACUUUUCCCCUGCCGCCAUUCGCAAUCCACCUCCCCUUUCAAGCCCUACACUGAUGACCUUCGUAAUUCUAAGGCAUCAACUUGCCACCAUUAUUGGACGGAUUGUACAUCAUUUUCAGAAGGUCAAGUCACCUAGUCAUUAUUCUGACGUCUUGGCGCUGGAUGACGACAUUUUAAAAUUCGUUUCUAACCUACCACCUCACUUCUCGUUGGAGCCCGACACGUCCCUGGAUGAGACGAAACAAUUCAUCCCCGUUCACCGCUUCCUCCUCAUCACCGAAGUCUUGUUCGUUCGCGUCGGCCUCCAUCGUCCAUAUUUAUUGCGGAGGUUGAGUUGCGAUCGUUACCUUCGCUCGCGAAGGGCAUGCUUUGAGUCCGCGGUCAAGGAUUUCCAUGUUCGCCAGGCCUUCCGCAAUUCAAUGCCCAAAGAAACCCGCGAUUCUCUGAGCAACGCCUACAGGGAGUUUCAAACAGCGAUGAUCAGUGGCAUUUACCUAGUCUUGCAUCCCCAAGGCAAGGAUGCUGACAUGAUGCACACCAUUUUGGACGGCUUCCUGACGGAACAUGAGGGCGUACGUGAGAUGGACGAAACGACUCGGAGGGAGCUCAAAACUAUCGAGUUCCUCAAGAGUCGUGCAUCACAAAUGGCGGAAAACGCAUCACACGGCGUGGAUGGUGCAAGCUCACCGUUUAACGGGCAUACUGGGGAGCAGCACUCUACAAUCAUCUCCAUGCCGGCUUCUCGUCGUGCUUUGCCUCUAUCCACACGCCAGGCCUUCAUGAUGGACACAGCGUCACCGAAUAAUUCGUCUCCCACAAUGUCUUCGCCUAUAGUAUACGCAACAUCACCUCCUUACUCGCAUUCCCCUGCGAUGCAACGUCUGCAGCACAAUGGAUCUAAUGACGGUACGCUCAGCUCGCCCGCUGGCUCCGGCAGUCCGAGUGGAGAGGAAGAAUCCGCUGCACAGUCGCUCUUGGAUCAUUGGUGCAGCACUUUCGGCGGGGGUACUGUCGAGGCGACAGCAGGCAUGCCUGCUCUGUCUUGGGGAGGACCUGGUGGUUCUGAUUUCCCAGGCUGGAUUGGACCUAGCAACACAAUGGCUGGGGAUCCUAGUCCGAUGACAGAAGUAGACGGUUCGGAUUGGAGUUACUGGGAGGCGCUGGUCAAUCAAAUCAAGACUGGACCGCAGGUCUAAAAUUUGUGUGCACGCAUUAUUCUGAACUUCUGUUGUAUUU